AUGACCCUAGUUUGGGUAGCAAAUAGGGAGACACCCAUUUCAGACACGAACUCUGCAGAACUUAAGAUUUUAGAUGGGAAUUUGGUGCUUAUGAAUGAGUCCAAGGUUUCAAUUUGGUCGACUAAUGUAAACUUGACAACCUCAAAUACUGUAGUGGCAACUCUAGGUGAUAAUGGAAAUUUAGUUUUGAGAGAUGAGUCGGAACCUAGGACAAGUGAAGAAUUUUGGCAAAGUUUUGAUAAUCCAACAGAUACGUUGUUGCCUGGUAACAAGCUUGCCUAUGAUAAACGUACAAAAACAAAGAAAGUUCUCACUUCUUGGAAAAACUUUGUGGAUCCUGCACCUGGGCUUUUCUCCCUUGAAUUAGAUCCAAAUGGGAGUCAGGUAAUCUUAAGAUGGAAUAUGACUGAGUGGUACUGGACUAGUGGACCUUGGAAUGGGCUUUUUUUCAGUUCAGUCCCCGAAAUGAGUUUGAACGGUAUUUAUAAUCAUGUUUAUGUUGACAACGUUAAUGAGAGUUACCUCUCAUAUUCUCUUAAUAAUCCUUCCCUUAAAUCUGGAUAUGUGAUGGAUGUUUCCGGGCAGAUUAAGCUGAUAUUGUGGUAUCAGAAGAAUCGGCUUUUGGUUUGGCAUCAACCUAUGCAGCAAUGUGAUGUGUAUGCUUAUUGUGGGGCAUUUGGUACCUGCAAUCAGAAUUCAUGUUAUUGUUUGCCCGGAUUUAAGCAAAGGUCGGAAUAUGAUUGGAGUUUGAAGGAUUAUUCGGGUGGCUGUGUGAGAGAUAUAAUUUUGAACUGUACGAGUGACAGAAAAGACAAGUUUCUGGCGAAUAAAAUUGUUAGUUUACCUCCAAAUCCACAAUCAGUGAUGGCAGGGAGUGCUCGAGAGUGUAAUUCUAUCUGCUUGAGUAAUUGCUCUUGUACAGCUUACUCUUAUGAAGACAAUGCAUGCUUGGUUUGGAAUGGGGAACUAAUGGAUUUACAACAACCCACAAAAAAUAAUAGCAGUAAAAGAACGAUCAACAUUAGACUUUCCGCCUCUGCAUCUCAGUUUUCAAAUAAUAAAAAAAGGAAAGUACUUGUAAUCGGCUCUGUUGUGGGUUCUGUUGCGGUUGUUAUGGUUCUAUUGGCCACUGUCGUGAUAUGCAUAUGUCACAGGCAUAAAUCUGGGACUACAAAAGCAGUUGAGGAAUCAUCGUUAGCAUUUAGGGACAAGGACAUGUUACAAAUUGAAACCAAAAAUUCCUCAGAUAUGUUGGAGGGAGACAACAAGAGUGGUAUCGGUGUUCCUUUCUGCAGUUGGGAAAGUAUUAUAGCUGCUACCGAGAACUUCUCAGACAUACAUAAACUUGGACGUGGGGGAUUUGGUCCUGUUUACAAGGCAAUAUUUCCCGGAGGGCAAGAAAUUGCGGUGAAAAGUUUGGAUGCCUUUAUAUUUGAUAAAAAAUUAUGCAUGUUACUGAACUGGAAGAAGCGUUUUGACAUCAUUUUGGGGAUAGCAAGAGGGGUUCUUUAUCUUCAUCAAGAUUCAAGAAUUGUUGAGGGCACUGGAACAGAAACAAGCACCAGUAAAGUCACAGGAACCUAUGGUUAUAUGGCUCCGGAGUAUGCAUCGGAUGGACUAUUCUCUAUAAAGUCAGAUGUAUUUAGUUUUGGAGUUGUUGUACUCGAGAUAGUCACAGGAAAGAAAAACACGGGAUUUUACCAAUCCUCAGAAGACUUGAAUCUCUUGGGUUAUGUAUGGAGACUGUGGAGUGAAAACAAGGCAUUCGAUUUGGUGGACCGAACACUGCUUGAAUCUUGUGAGAAAUCUGAAGUUAUAAAGUGUAUUAAUGUUGGGCUAUUGUGUGUGGAAGAAGAUCCCAGUGAUCGCCCCACUAUGUCAAAUGUAGUCCUAAUGCUUAGUGGCGAAACUACAGUCGUUCCAGUUCCCAAUCAACCGGCUUUUGUAAUGCGAAAACGUGUUUUUAGCACAUCUUCCUCAUCCUCUAAUAAACCGGAUGCAAUUUCCAAUGAAUUGACAAUGUCUGCUCCAGAUGGGAGAUGA